CGUGUCCACCCUUGCUGGUGACUCACUGCUAUGCACGCACACAAAGCGGGCGACUCAACUUGGGCAACAUCGACGAACCUGAGCCUGCCACCAAGGGCACGAGCUUCCUCAACUUCGAGCGGAUGCGUGCGAAGCUCAGCAACAGGGCCGCGUUUCCAUCGGUGUCUCCAUUGGCAUCUGCAGUGACGACGAUGUCUAUGGUUAAGCCGGCGUCUGCGGCGAACCCGACGUCUGCGGUGAAGCCGACCAGUGCCAGGCCAGUGAGCAAGGGCCCCCCAACGAAGACCGCGAAUGUCGCGAAGCCCGACGCGCAGGACCUGGCAGCCGACGACAGCCCUCAGGCUGAAGCCUCCAGUAGCAAGCCCGCGAACGUGCAGGCUGGAACCGACGAAUCGGAGCAUCCUGGGGAGGACGAGAUCGACGAGCCUGAGGGAGCCGCCUGAAUCGGAGGGUCGAACACUGUGUAGGUUGAUCUGCCCUGGUGACCCAAGCAUAUGCGCGACGCGCUGCCAGUGAGUGUUCGUGUGCACAGGCGUACGUCACCGUACGCGUGCAUCGUCCAUGAUUAUAAAAAUGUACCGUAUCGUAGCUUGUGUCUAACUGCGUUGGAUCUAGAGGAAGUGUCCACGGCCGCUCUCGUCAGUCACGUCAUCCGUCCCGCCUCUCUCUCUUCUCCGCUCCCUUGAAAGAGAGCGCCUCUCGCUCACUGGCCACCCGCUGCG